CGUUAAAGGGAUCAAGGAUAAUAGAUUACUUAAGCAAAAUGUCUCCAAAAGGAGUUCUUUAUCAGUAAAGCACUUUGUUUUAAACGAUUACUUUUCUCUUUGGUCGUUCGACUAAACCCGGAAAUUGUAGUGACGUAUGAUUCACCCGUGAUAUUACAUAUGUGGUUCUGCAAGGUUACGUGAACGCAGAGCGAGAUAGCAACCCUGGAAAUAAGAAUGGCGGCACACCCAUGAAUGUAUUCACGGCGGGUUGUGUUGACACGCUGACAGGAUGCACAUCGCCGAUUUCGUGUCCGGCUCUUUGGCAGGGGCCUGUGGCAUGACUGUGGGAUACCCGCUGGACACCAUCAAGGUCAGGAUCCAAACUCAAAGACAGUUUACGGGAAUAUGGCAGUGUAUCGCCACCACCUUUUCCAAAGAAGGGGUGCACGGCUUCUUCAAAGGCAUGUCGCUGCCGAUGGCGACCAUCUCCGUCACGUCCUCGGUGGCGUUCGGGACCUACAGGAAUUGUCUGCAGUGUUUGAAGCAGGCUCGAGGGACCGCCCACGGCCCCAGCACCAAGCCGGAGAUUUUCCUUUCAGGGAUGGUGGGCGGCAUAACGCAGAUGUUGCUGGUAGCGCCCGGUGACAUUGUCAAAGUGCGCCUUCAGUGUCAGACGGAGUCGGUGCGGCGAGGGACCAAGCCCAAGUACCGCGGACCGGUCCACUGUCUGCUAAGCAUCCUCAAGGCGGAGGGCCUGCGGGGGUUGUACCGGGGGGCCAUGCCACUGGCGUUGAGGGACGGUCCCGGGUUCGCCAUGUACUUUCUGACCUACAACACCAUUCGUGGAUGGCUGACUGAGAGCGGGAAGGAGAAGCCAGCGUGGAGCUCAGUGAUGUUGGCCGGGGGCUUUGCGGGAACGGUGGCGUGGUCCAUCAGCACGCCCAUGGAUGUGAUUAAGGCCCGGCUGCAGGCGGACGGCGCACGGGAGACGCGGCGCUACAGGGGCUUCGCGCACUGCAUCGCCGAGACCAUACGCACCGAGGGAGUGGGCGUUUUCUUCCGGAGUCUGGGCAUCAACUGCCUGCGUGCUUUCCCCGUCAACUUGGUGGUGUUUUUCACCUACGAGCUUUUCAUGAGCCUCUUGCAGGCCAAGCCGGACAACACUGACACACCUCGGGUGGGCUUGGAAUGACUCCAUAAACCUUCAACUUUGGGACAUGCCUAUCAAACACAACUAUAUUGUAUACCUCUGAAAAUGGCAGGCAGUAUUUUCCAAGAUAAAUCAAACCGACUAAAUUUGUUUUCUGAACAUUAUGCACUAACAAGGAAGCCUCUUGUGGCCUCUAGGUGGUGCUAUCGGUCCGCCAAUUGUGGCUCUCGGCCGGAAAGAACUGACUGGGGAAAAACAAGCUGCAACACGCACAUUAAAAUGCAUAUGUAAUUGUAUUUAUUGGUGAAUGGGAGUAUGCGCCUUGAAUCAAAAAAUAUCAUGCGAUGGUAUUUGGUAAUUUUGUUGUAUAUCAAAGCAGCGUUUCCUCAACUUAAAAAAGUUCAUUCAAAAUAUUUAUUAAUUGGCGUUUCUUGGGGAUCUUACGCCCUCUUGUGGCGGUUUUUGGAGUUGUUUUUACUCUUGUGAUUGUGGUCCGAGCAGGAAGGAUCUUUUUGAAGGUCAAGUUAUUACAUUUUUAAGGUGUCAUCCAUGUGGUGGUUAUGAUUAAAAGAUUUUUGUAUUUGCA